UUUUCCUAGGAACUGGGUGAAAGGAAGAGAACAAUAGUUUAUCCGAUUAAGGAGUGGGAAACAGGCUGAUAGCUGGGUGAAAAGAGGGGCAGAUGAGUGAGUGGCUUUGGCGCUAGUUUGGGAGCUUUCAUUGUUUGCCUGUUCGAUGAGGCUGCCUGUGGUAGUUUCACAGCGGGGAUUUCUUUUCUCCUUUCCACAUUACUUGAAGUGCGAGUUGAGUGUGUGUGUGGGGGAGACGCGAGGUAACGACGACAGUGAUAGUAUCGUCAAAGGCAGGAGCGCUCCCCACCCCCAAGCGUCUGACUGUGAGUCACAAUCUGUCGAAGGAAAGGGAAAGAGGCACAAAGAGUUGGAUGCGAGCAACGCUGUCAGUGCUUCACACUCACAUUCCAGAACCACACAAGGGGAGAGUGAGUUGGAGUUCCAGUCAUAAUGGGAGUGUGAAAAUGUGCAUGACAAUGUUUUUCCGAAGCCGUUUUCUAUUCCUCCUGGCUGUAGCUGCCCUGCUGGCUGUCCUGAGCCUCAGCCUGCAGUUCUCAGCCACAGUGCGCAGCGGAGUCAGCAUGGGACCAGCUGGAUAUAGAGCUAGAGAGAGGAGAGUGGAAGAUCCACGGUGGAGAGCCCAGAAGAGCCCAAAGGGCAGGAAUGGUUCAGGAGCAGUGCACUUGAUUCCUGUGACACAACCAAAAGAGGGUGGAAUGGUCGCUAAAGCCCGAAAACGAAUAUUGGUAGAUCUGUACACUGCCCCUCCAAGGUUGGACCCGAUCUAUGAGGCCUAUCAAUACUGCAAUGUGCCAAAUAAAACUGAUCAUGGCCUGGAAGGCAAUGCACCACCAGACUAUAAAUUGUUGUCGGUACAUGUUAUGAUUCGCCAUGGCGACAGAUACCCCCUCUAUGCCAUUCCAAAAACAAAGCCACCACCCAUUGACUGUACACUGAUCCCCAAUAGGGAACCUUCUCACAGGCUGCUGGAAAACUUUAUCAAGAACAGGAACAUCGCUACUGCAUGUCAGCUGGAUGGCCCCUUGAACAAUAUUGCACUCCUCCCCAGUCACACAGUGUGCGAGAUGGGGGAACUGACCCAAAUAGGUGUUGUCCAGCAUCUGCUGAAUGGAGAACAUUUGCAUGACACGUAUAUUAAGAAGCACAAACUGCUGCCUGACAACUGGACAACCAGACAACUGUACGUGGAGUCAACAGGGAAAAGCCGGACACUGCAGAGUGGGCUAGCUCUGCUCUACAGUCUACUACCAAAACUCGAUUGGGGAAAGAUACGUGUCCGGUAUCAGUGGAGCACCAUUUUCUGCUCCAACAGCUGUGAUUGCCCAAUGCGUAAUCACUAUCUGGAGCAGGAGCAACGACGCCAGUACAACUUACGGGUUAAAAAUAGCCUAUUGGAACAAACAUACGUAAACAUGGCAAAAAUUGUAGGGAUUCCCACAAGACGGUUGAGAGCAGCUAAUCCCAUUGAUUCCCUAUUGUGCCAUUUCUGUCACAAUGUCUCAUUUCCAUGCACAGAAUAUGGUUGUAUUAACUUGGACCACUUUAAAGUUAUAAAGGCACAUCAGCUGGAGGAUGAACGCGACAGGCAGAGGAAGAAAUUGUAUUAUAAAUAUGCACUACUUGCAACUCAUCCUAUUUUAAACCAGACUGCCACUCGCAUGCAACAGAUCACUCAAGGAAAAAAGGAUGAGAUAUUUGCUCUCUACUCUGCUCAUGAUGUCACUGUGGCACCCCUGCUGAGCGCUUUGGGCAUUCCUGAUGCUAGUUUUCCCCGAUUUGGUGCCCGAAUAAUCUUUGAAAUCUGGCAAAAUGGAAAGGACAAAAGACAAAAUUUUAUUCGCAUUCUGUAUAACGGCAAUGAUGUCACAUUCCAAACCUCAUUCUGCUCUGGGCACAAAGCACAUUCUAAACACCUCCUCUGUCCUUUUGAGAACUUCCUAAAUUUUGUGAGAAGGGACAUGUUUGCAGUUUUUAACAGCACAAAUUAUUAUGAUGCAUGCCACAGAAGGGUAUUUUGAAUACCUCAGCUGCUGGAUUCUCAGUGUUAAGCUGUGUGUUGUGUGUUUUAGAUGUUAUUGAUUCAAACUGCUGGUGUUAUAUUUUGAUGAAAACAUUCCUUUCCCAAUAGCAGAAUUGUUUUAUUUCCAAUGACAAUAAAUUAUAACAUGUUC